AUGUUUCGCAAUUCUCCUGUAAAGCGGCUGGCGAGGCAGGCAGGUCGUCUGGCCGGGAAAGCGAGGCGAAUCGUCUGCAACCUGUGUGGAUCCUGCAAGCGAGACGAUAGUUGCACUUCAUCUCAGCCCGACCUUGGCAACCGACGUCGUCGGCGCGGGUCACUUGCCAGUCCUGCUGACUACCCGAUACCCGAAAUGAAGCAGAAGUCUGACCUAGGCUUUACAGCGAUGGAGUUUUAUCCCCGCCAUGAGCUCGUCAGACGCCGGGACCGUCCCAUUAUCAUCACCACAGCGAGUCGCACCACCUCGGUGCCCGAACGUACCACCAACCAGUCAUCGAGAAAUGGUGUUCGCUACGAUGGACGAGCAACCUGA